AGCGCUCCAGAGUCUGAACACAGAGAAGUUUUUCCUGUUGCUCUUCUGACUCCCUGAUCUCCUGCAGCUCUGUAGAUUCCAGCUCUGUAGAUUCCUGAUCUGUAGAUUCCUGAUCUUUAGAUUCCUGAUCUGUAGAUUCCCUCGGCAGGAUGAGCAGCAACCCGCUGGCCGACAGGAUGCAGGCUCGGCUGGAGAGGGCGAAGGCCAUGAGGGACGAGGACAAGCUGUACAGACACAACGGGGUGCUGUACCCCACCCUCAUGUGUCCGGAGGAACAUUUAAGGUGUCUGGACGGCCUGGAGGCCAGAGACGACGACAUCCUGCUGGUGGCUUAUCCUAAAUGUGGAUUUAACUGGAUGGUUGGCGUUAUGAAGAAGGUCAUUGCAGAGGCCACCCAGACGCAGAACGAAUCCAAGAUUUCCCCGCUGAUCGAGUUCUUUGGCCCAGAAGUCUUGAAGGACGUGGUUGAGGCUCCGUCUCCCAGGUUUCUGGGAACUCACCUUCAUCCAGACAUCAUGCCGUCCUCCUUCAGCCAGAAGAAAACAAAGAUGGUGGUGGUCUUCAGGAACCCAAAGGACACCUUGGUCUCCUACUAUCAUUUCUGCAACAACAACCCGGUUCUGCCGUCUGUGGAGUCCUGGGAUUCUUUCUUCUCCCAGUUCAUGAAAGGAGACGUUGCCUGGGGUUCGUACUUUGACUACGCCUUGGCCUGGAACAGGAGGAUGGACGACCCCAACGUCCUGCUGGUGACCUUUGAGGCCCUGAAGCAGGUCAGUCCUCUGAUUCCUCAACCUGAAAUGGAAAUCUGCUCUCACCAUGUUUCCUGUCCUCAGGAUCUCAGCGCAGGCAUCCGGCAGAUCUCCAGCUUCCUGGGCUUCAGCCUGACGGAGGCGCAGGUGCAGCAGGUGGCAGCGGGCAGCACCUUCAACGCCAUGAAGGAGAGUUCAGCCAGGUCCCACGGCAACAUGGGAAACGUCAUCUUCAGGAAAGGUGAGGUUGGAGACUGGAGGAACCAUUUCAGUCCAGAACAGAACCGAGAAAUGGACCAAGCUUUCAGCAAACACCUGGCAGGAACAACGCUGGGAGCACAGCUGGACUACCAGCGUUACUGUCAGUAGAGAGGAGGAGGAGGAGGAAGAGGAGGAGGAGGAAGAGGAGGAAGAGACAGAGAGGAAGAGGAGGAGGAAAGAGGAGGAGCAGGAGGAGGAGGAGUGUAGGUGGAGCGUCGGUCGGUUCUGCCUGACAGACUGAACUCAGGGCAAAACUCCCACAGCUCAACACAAGACAGAAAAAUAAGACACAAUAAUUUGGUUAUAAUCGGUUUUAUUUCACUGCAGAUAUUAAAAAUAACGUUUGAUAUUUUGAAGCAAUUUAAGCAACUUAUGAUAAACUGAAAGAAAUGAACAUGAUGAAAUGAACAGCAGAGAAGGAGCAACAAAUAUUUAAUAGAAAUGUUAGAAACUGAAACUUAUUAGAUUAUUAAAAAUAUAUUUUAUUUGGUUCUUCUAGUCCCUUUAAAUAUUAAACAGGAUUUUGUUGGAUUUUCUUAUUUUUUUAUUUUUGUUUCUUGGAUAAAUCCCAUGAGGAUUAAACUUAAAUCAUUGUGAAAAAUACUUUAAUGAAA